AUGUACACCGAGGUCCGUGAAGUCGUCAAUUUCGUGUGCAGAUAUCUAUUCGGACGGAUUCCACGGAGACCUACUGGUAUUUUUGCUUCGGAGCUAGCGAAUUCUCUCGUCUGCCAAUUCUCGUCAUCAUGGGACAUUAAUAAUCCAGAUAAUGGCCAAAUGGAACGUGUGGUCUACAUAAAUUGUAGAAACGAAGGCUCAUCCAAAUGCUUCGGGAGUUGUGCACAGGAAGCUGGACUCAGACGCGAGGAAGUUCUCGGACACUUGCCAAUUAACGUAUGCGUCUACGCUAGCCCCGGAAAAGUCUUCUUCCGUGGUUCUUUGGACGGGAUCGAGGUCCCAAUAUGGAAUGGAGAAGUGAAUGCUGAUGACACUUAUCAGCCGGUGGCGGAGUACAUUGUGAGAUCUGCUUCCGGAAGAGCUGAGUCCGUCUCAAACCUCGGAGCUGCUCAGAAACCAGUCUUGAUCGGAAUGAAACCUUUACCGACCAAUGACCCGGCCAUUCACGAACUGGUCAACAACAUGUACAUCCCACUUGGACUCGAGAAAUGCGAUGAGGACUUUUCGAACCUUUCUCAUAUGCAAGAGAGAUACCCAUACUUGUUCGCCUUCAAACCAUCAUCGGCUCAAACCUACACAGGACUCGAAUUCGCUCAAACUCGCUUCGGAUCGAGCAAGUCUCGUCCAGAUCUGCAAACAAUGCUCAAUAUCAAGCAACUCUCCUCUCAACACGCCACCUCUUCAACCAAUUUCUCGGCUCCAAUGAAGGAGCAAAUGAUUUAUUCGCACUAUUAA